CGCUCUCCAACUUCGCCAGCUCGCCCGCUGUGGCCGCCAACAUCCAGGCCGUCCGGAUUGCGCCCAACACCGCAGCCUCCGUCGCUCUUGACGUGACUAAUAUCGACCACACAGAUGUGUACCUGGACGACUGGCUGUGGCCCAACCCCAGUCCUCGUUGUGUGAGCGAGGAAAAGUUCUGGGCCAUGAGCGAGGAGGAGCGAGCUUAUACGGGGAGUAACCAAUACUUCUCUUUGCUUUAUCGAGACUGCCUUAACCAUUUCUUCAACUGCUCGGCCAUCCCGUUCAUGUUCACCAAUGAUACAACUAGUGCGUGCACGCCUGAGAUAACACUCUACCAAAGUAAAAUAAAUGACAAGAUGAUGGACUGUGUUCAGAAUCACUUGAGCCAAAUGGAAGAAGAUUUCGGAAAAUUGUGCUUUACUACGACAAUCAACCAGCAACUGAGCUACACUACUCUCAUGGAGAAUGGAGUACAAAGCAUCAUUGACAACCGACUGCUUCCUCCUAACAUAACCCUCUCCAUGGUGAACAUCUACUACACCGAACUGGGCUUCACGGAGUACUACGAACGUAUCCCAACUUUCAUUACAUGGUUCAGUGACCUUGGCGGGCAGAUGGGGCUCUUCAUGGGUGCCUCUUUCAUCACUCUGGUCGAACUUAUAUUCACCGUGUGUUACGUCCUGCGUGUCCUAAUGACUCGAGGCGUGAAGGCUCUCAUGAAUAAACUGUGUGGCAACAAUACGUAACAUGCUAUAUUAUUGUGAUAUAUUACUUUUAGUCACAGCUGUUUAUUUUCUAUUAUACAGUGUCUCUAGUGGUCACUACCUUUAAGAAAGCAUGUACUAUACAUUACGUUAGUUUUUAAUCUAUUAAUUUAUCUAUUUCAUGUUAGAACACUGAUUUGGGCCUGCCAUUUUCCAAGCUAAUUCGUUCAAAUGGGAUAUUAAUAUAAGCACUACAUUAUAAACUGCAUAAAUUCUUAUCAGACUUAACCGUACAACUUAACCUUCUUCAAUAUCAUUAUUUGAAUAAUUUUAUCAGGAUAUAUCGUAGGAAAUAUAAGACCUGAUGAAUAAAUAUUCACCCAGAAUAUAUUUUUUUUACCCUUACUGUAAAUGUUUAUUGUAUCAGACAAGAAGGUCGCUGUGGCAAGCCUACAAGCUAGUGAAUUAUAAUGUUUAUGGCUAAGAACAGACAUUAGUUCGUAUUCUAGAGGUGUAUACAGCAAUAUGGCUACUAUUGUUCCACUGAAUUGAAUGUAUGUAUUGUUUUUAUAUGUGUGGAUUUCUCUUUACUUAGUUAUAUGCAAGUGUCUACAUUUGUAUGUCUAAUACACUGUCAACUGCCAGACUUUUAUGGUAGUAGCAUCGGAAUGGUAAUUUAUCGGCAUUCCUAAUCAGUACUAACUGUCGUCGAACGUGGUCGUUUGUGAGGAUUUAUCUUCGGUAGAUUUUCUUAAUUUCGGUUAAAACAGUACUGAAUUCCGUGUGGCCAUACGAAGUAGAUGAGGCAAGGUUCUGCAACUCUCCGUACUCUCCAAGGGGAGAAUUUGGACUCGUCAGUAGACGAGGAAAUUCAAUUGUAUAAGUUAGGAACCCAUUAAAGGUACAAAGUUAU